AUGUGUCUGACAGAACAAGUCAUCAAGGCCGAUGCCUCGCCUUCACUUGUUCUUAAUUUUUUCUUUCUCGGUUCACAUCACUUUUCUUGUUUUUCUCUUUCGCCGUUCAAUCCAAACACAAUUCCUCGUCUUUCCAUCCCUAUAACGCAAGAUGAAUGCUUGUACGACGGUCGUUGUACAAAAAAGGCUGACAAUCUUUUCGUUGAUUUGCUAAUAGAGUCGCAUGUUCUUGGGAAGUGGAAUAAUGGUCAUCCCGGGCGUGCAGUCUUCGAUUAUUGCCACUCUGUUUUCAUUGGCGAGCUCGAGCUUCUUUAUACUCACGAGGAAUUUGAUGAGAGAUUCGACUUUCUUCAAAAGUGGUACCAAGUUUUUAGCUGGAUGCUCGGAAUGCCCGGUUUGCGUCACUGCGUUCAAUCGAAUAUCCUGAUCGCUCCGGUUGCCAUUUGGGACGAUGUCUUCGAGUCCUACGCUUUUAGCGUUGCUUAUCAACAUUCCGGUGACCCACGGUGGGCGGACUUGCGUUUCAUGUUCGAGGAGGUGUUUUCUACAAAUCCAAGAUCUGAAGUUGUUCAUGACCGCAACUCUACAAACGAAGGUCUUUUUGCUCUCCCCGCUGCACGAACAAAUGUGGUUUCGGACAAUUCCUAUCACAAUGCGUUGCAAACGCUUUGUAGUCGCAACAACGCUCCUACCCGACACGGGGGCCGCACGAUGCCUCUUUUGAAAGAUCUGUCAACACGCAUGCCCAUGGCGGGCAGUCGAACCCCAUUGCGCAUCCCACGUCCACCGCGCAAGCAUAAGCCUGACCUGGCUUCAUGCAUGGGUUCGACUAGCGAUCCUCAC